AUGCGAUGUCCGUAUUGUUCAUGGGAACUCGAGGAAGGAGAGCAUUGUGCUGGCUGUGGCUAUCGAUAUCGCCCUGGGUCCGAAACAGACGAGACCGAAUCAAGUGAUGAGAGUGAAAGUGGUAGCGACCUCGAUUCACUAGAUGAGAUGGACGACGAAGAGCCCGAGGAGCCCGAGGACGAUUUUGGAGACGUUGAUGAUGGCUUGUGGGGCGAGUUCGCAAGUCGAUAUCCUACCAAUGGUCCCACCUUUGGGAUGCCCCCUUUGCCAGGCUUUAUGGGUAGCUACCAGACGAUGGCUCGCCUAGGGUAUCAUGGAUCCGCAAUGCCACCUGAACUCGUUUCACGAUUCACUGGAAACUACGGCCAGGACGAGUUUGAUUUUGAAGAAGACAUCGAGGAUGAGAACGAGUACGAUCAUGAAGACUCUUUCAUUAAUGAUGGAACCCAGCUUACGGGUGACGACUACGAAUCGGACUCGGAUCAUUCUACUGUUGUAAGCAGUUCCCAGCCCAAUGGCCCUCCCAGACCGAAUGUAUCCCGUCAUCAAACACCACCACGAAUUGAUACAGAUACGGAUGGUGAAGAUGACUCCGAGGAAGAUUCGGAGGAGGUAAGUGAUUCAGACUCAUCCGAUGAAGAUGAUAUCCGGGCUGCGCCUCCUCGACAGGCGUUUGGCAACGCACCUCGGCCUGUCUGGCGAGAGCCCGGCACCUCUCCAUGGGCGCAAAGGAUAGAAGACCUUCCUACUUCUUCUGCCGAGACUGUUGAAUCCAGCGAGGCAUCCGAAGGCUCGGAAGCUGCGAGCUCAUCGCCUCAUCGUCCUCCAGCAACCACAAGACCUAAUACUGGUCGUGGGCUCUCCGCUCGCAAUGCGAUUGCCCUUGAUGAUUCCGACGACGAUCAACCUGUUGGCCCAGUGAGAAGAAAUACUCACAGACGGCGCAACAGAUACUCCCCAUACUAA